AUGUCUGAAAUUGAGGAGACCCCCGUCGAUGUCCAGGUCGAGGAGACCGAGGCUGCCCCUGCCCCUCAGAGCACCACCAUGAGCAUUGAGGACGCUCUUCAGCAGGUGCUGAAGAAGGCUCUUUGCCACGAUGGCCUUGCCCGUGGUCUCCGUGAGGCUGCCAAGGCCCUGGACCGUCGCCAGGCUCACCUGUGUGUGCUGUGCGAGACCUGCAACGAGGCCGAGUACCUGAAGCUGAUUGAGGCUCUUUGCAACAAGCACGACAUCAACCUGCUGAAGGUGUCUGACCCCAAGACCCUCGGCACCUGGGCUGGCCUGUGCAAGAUUGACCGCGAGGGCAACCCCCGUAAGGUCGUCGGCUGCUCGUGCGUCGUCGUUCGCGACUACGGUGAGGACUCGGAGGGUCUGAACGUGCUCCUCGAGUACUUCAAGAGCCAGCGUGCCUAA